AUGACUUCCAUUUCCGCCGUCGCGAGCCGCUGUGUGGCCUCUACUUUUGCGACUCCGACACUUCUUGGCGCCGAAUUUCUGUCAAUUGAAGCAACUGUCGUGCCAAACUAUAGCUUUGAGGUUCCGCAUGGCUGGCCGUACUCACAGCCAGCUUUGAACGUCAAAAACGUCACUUUCUGUAACGUCACCACACCGGGUCGUUUCAUCUUGACCUAUGCAGGAAUGAUCAAUGCUGUGGCAAACGGGUUUGCCUCAAUCACCACCGAUGCAGGAUUACCUGCAGUCGCUAAUCCUGUCGAAUGGCUGCUGACUAGUCCUGGUAAUAUCGACACAAAUGCGCUGCAGAAUUUUGGCCAGGUUUCUUUGAAUGACGAGGCUAGCAUUGCAAAGCAGCUUAUUAAAAGCUACUACGGCAAACCUCCAUCAUAUUCAUACUGGAACAGUUGCUCUCAGGGAGGCCGCCAAGGAAUGAAGCUGGCUCAGCAGUAUACUUCAGCCUACGAUGGGAUUAUUGCAGGCGCUCCAGCUAUCAACUGGGCCGAAUUCUACAUCAACUCAAUCUGGCCCACUUUCUACAUGGAGUCUACCCAGCAAUUUCCCCACGACUAUGAGCUGAAUACUAUUACCUCCCUUGCCGUCUCAGCUUGUGAUAAGCUGGAUAGUAUCAAGGACGGUAUCAUCAGCGACGUUGAUGGUUGCCGACGACAAUUUGAUCCCUUUAAGCAAGUUGGGAAGAUCUUCAACUAUUCGACCAUGGGCUCAGAAAUAAAGAUAAGUCAUGCCGCUGCAGCGAUUAGGAGUGAUUUACCCACAGUUGCCCCAACGACUUGCAAUAGUACUAUCUGUACAAGUGGAGGACAAGGCACUAUUCAAUAUGCUUACAGGGCUUUUGUAAAGAAAGAUAUGAAAGUCCAGCUGAAGAAUGCGACCAGCCGAGACUUUGAUACGAUCUUCCGCAACGUGAAGCAGAUCUUUGCUUCCAACCUUGAAACCAACGAGAUCGAUUUGCGCGACUUUAGGGAUGCUGGAGGCAAGAUAAUAACUUACCAUGGGCUUGCUGAUCAAAGCAUUUCCCCAGGAGGUACGCUCCAUUACUACAAUCAAGUGUCAGAUUUUGUCGGCAACAUUACCUCUUUCUACAAGUAUUAUCGGGUACCUGCACUUGGGCACUGCUGGGGUGGUAAUGGUGGCCAGCCAGAAGCAUUAUUUGAUCAACUGCGAGCUUGGGUUGAGAACGGUACCGAACCUGAGUCCUCGCCUGUGGUUAUAACGAAACCAGACAACACGACUCAACAACAAAUUCUGUGCCCCUAUCCUCAGAAAGCAAAAUUCGACGCUCUUUGUAAGAGCAAGAAUUCUACGACAUGCUGGUCCUGUACUAAAUGA